UAGAGUGACGUGACAAGGUUAUUUUACAUUGAAAGUUAAACAAACAUUUUGUUAGAAUAUUAAUACGUUUAACAUUCAAGUGUCAAUAUGAAGAGAUCUCAUUCUAAAAGGAGUAGGGACGACCAUGAACAUCAUAGGCAUCGUUCACGAGACCGUCAUUACCACAGUGAUAGGAGUAGUAGAAAACAUGAUCAUUACAGAAGAAACUAUGAUUCUGAAGAGCCAUAUACAGAGGAACGUCCUUAUGGACGACACGAUAUGAAAAGAUCAAGGGAUUAUGAGAAAGAAAAUAGAAGAAAAGAAGAAAAAGAUAAAUUAGCAGACAAAAACAUGGAAAAAAGACAAGAAAAGAAUGCCCCUGACAAGAUAACAGAAAGACAAAAUCGGACAGUGGAGUUACUAACAUCAAGAACUGGUGGUGCAUAUAUUCCACCUGCAAAAUUACGUAUGAUGCAAGCAGAAAUUACUGAUAAGUCAGGAGCUGCAUAUCAACGUAUUGCAUGGGAAGCUUUAAAGAAGUCUAUUCAUGGUUACAUCAACAAAGUUAAUGUUAGUAAUAUAGGACUUAUAACUCGCGAACUUUUGAAAGAAAAUAUUGUCAGAGGUAGAGGUCUGCUUGCACGAUCUAUAAUUCAAGCUCAAGCUGCGUCUCCAACCUUCACUGCUGUUUAUGCAGCCCUUACUGCAAUUAUCAAUUCUAAAUUCCCUAAUAUCGGAGAAUUAAUCUUAAAACGUCUUGUCAUACAAUUCAAGCGUGGUUUCAGAAGAAAUGAUAAACCACUUUGUAUUUCAUCAGGAACAUUUGUAGCACAUUUAGUGAAUCAAAGAGUAGCUCACGAAAUAUUAGCUUUAGAAAUUUUGACAUUAUUGGUAGAAACACCAACGGACGAUUCUAUUGAAGUUGCCAUUGCAUUUUUAAAAGAAUGUGGUAUGAAACUGACUGAAGUUACUAGGAAGGGUAUUGAAGCUAUAUUCGAGAUGUUAAGGAACAUAUUACAUGAAGGACAAUUAGAUAAAAGAGUUCAGUAUAUGAUCGAAGUCAUGUUCCAAGUUCGAAAAGAUGGAUUUAAAGAUCAUGAAGCAGUUCCAGAAGACCUUGACCUGGUUGAAGAAGAAAAUCAAUUUACUCAUCUAGUGACAUUAGACGAAGCAACUGAUUCUCAGGACAUAUUAAAUGUAUUCAAGUUUGAUGCAGAAUAUGUAAUUAACGAAGACAAAUAUAAACAGUUAAGUAAAGAAAUAUUAGGUUCAGAUGUUAGUGGCUCAGAAAGUGAAGAAGGUGACGAGGAAGAAAGUUCAGACGAAGAUAGUAGCACUGCUGUGACAGAAGGAAAAGAAGAUGUAAUUGUAGAUAACACAGAAACAAAUUUAACAGCACUUAGAAGAACAAUAUAUUUAACAAUUCAUUCGUCCCUUGACUUUGAGGAAUGUGCACACAAAUUGAUGAAAAUGCAACUAAAGCCUGGACAGGAAACCGAACUGUGCCACAUGUUUUUAGAUUGUUGUGCAGAAAUGAGAACAUAUGAGAAAUUUUUUGGUCUGUUAGCUGGCCGAUUUUGUGCCAUUAAUAAAAUGUAUGUUACACCAUUUGAACAAAUUUUUCGAGAUUCGUAUGACACAAUACAUCGUUUAGAUACAAAUAAGUUGCGUAAUGUAUCAAAGUUUUUUGCUCACUUAUUAUUUACUGACUCUAUUUCAUGGGAGGUAUUAUCCUGUAUAAAAUUAACUGAAGAAGACACAACAAGUUCAAAUAGGAUAUUUAUCAAAAUCUUAUUCCAAGAACUUUCAGAGUACAUGGGACUGUCUAAGCUUAAUCAACGUGUUAAAGAUGUUACAUUACAGGAAGCAUUUGAAGGAUUAUUUCCCAGAGACGAUCCAAAAAAUACACGCUUUGCUAUAAACUUCUUUACAUCAAUUGGUUUAGGUGGACUUACAGAUGAUUUAAGAGAACACUUAAAAUCUCAUCCCAAGCCAACAGUAGUACCUGUAAUAGAAGAAAAAAAUGAAAGUGCCUCUAAUCAAUCCUCUCCUUCUAGUUCAAGUACAUCAUCUUCAUCAUCUUCAUCUUCUUCAUCCAAUAGUUCAAGUUCAGAUGAUUCUGAUUUCUCCUCAGAAGAAGAAGUAACUAAAAAGAAGAAAAAGUUGAAAAAAGAAAGAAAAAAACAGAUUGCAAAAGAGACCAAGAAAAAACAUAAAAAGAAGGAAAAAAGAAAGAUGAAAAAAGUUAAGUAGAAUUUGUA